AUGAGGAUGAUUCAAGGCCUCACGUCUGAAGAGAUCCUAAAGGAGUCCCAAGAUGUGUUGCAGACCAAUGGGGAAUGGGAGCUCGCAGGUAUCAGUGUAGCUCCUUCUACCUUGACGUUAGAUGAGGGGGGCUACUCUGAGAUCAAAUACUAUAUCAUUCUGAGACGUAGGCCAGUGCUCUAUGUGGUGAACCUGCUGAUCCCCAGCUGCUUCCUCAUCACAGUGGACCUCUUCAGCUUCCUGCUGCCUCCCCAGACUGUGGACCGCUCCUCCUUCAAGAUGACCCUCAUCCUGGGCUACACCGUCUUCCUGCUCAUCAUGAACGACCUGCUGCCUGUCACUGGGGAGACAACACCUCUCAUCAACGUUUUCUUCUCCAUCAGCCUCGCUCUGAUGGUGGCCAGCCUGUUGGAGACGGUGUUGAUCACUAAUAUCCAGUGCAGCUCCAGCCAGUACAAUGCGGUGCCUCGCUGGCUCAGUGUCCUCGUGCUACGAUAUCUAGCUGUUGUCGUUUUUCUCCCUCGGAAGAAAAAGAACAACCAAAUCACUGUCUUCCUCAACCCAUCUCUUAUAGCAAAGAAUUUCAGCAACACCGACAUCUCAGCGAUUCAGCUUCAGCCCGUCUUUGGUGAUACACCUCCAGUAAACCCCCCCCCAGAGCCGGCCCUGGAUGAACUGAGGAAGCUGAGCAGAGAUCUCCUGGCCAUACGCCUCCAGGUAGACAAACACUUCCAGGGGAGUGAAACCUCGCAGGAAUGGCAAAUGAUCGGGAUAGUGAUCGACCGUCUGCUGUUUGGCUUGUACAUUGUCUUCAUCGCUGUCAGCUUCAUCACCAUCAUAUGUCUCUGGAGCAACCAUUAUGCAGCAUGAUUUAAGCAAAGCGUUAUAUGCAUGAUUGACAUAUCAGCAGUUUAUAUGCUGUAUUCUGAGAUGUGGCACAUGUUGAUAAUUCUGUCAAGGAAGACAAUGUAAGUUUCUGGAUCUUGAGAGUUGUAUUUGUCAAAGAUUUGAAGAACAUGGAUUUUCAUAUAUAUAGAUGGGGUUUUAGCUUUACAUGCCUUAAUUUGUCCUUGCAUUGACUACUGUCUGCCACC